UCCCGCUGCUCUUCCUCCGCCUCCUUCCCCUGCCCGCGCCCGCCCUAUUGCCCCGUGCCGAGUUUCCUGUUUAAGAUGGCGUACCGCGUAGCAGCGCAGGCCGGGAAGCUUCUGCGAGCCCUAGUGCUGCGGCCCCGCUUCCUGGCGGCCGGGUCCCAGGCAGUUCAAUUAACCUCCAGAAGAUGGCUGAACCUGCAGGAAUACCAGAGCAAGAAACUGAUGUCUGACAAUGGAGUGAGAGUUCAAAGAUUCUUUGUAGCAGACACUGCAAAUGAAGCUCUUGAGGCUGCUAAGAGACUAAAUGCAAAAGAAAUUGUUUUAAAAGCCCAGAUCUUAGCUGGAGGAAGAGGAAAAGGUGUCUUCAAUAGUGGUUUGAAAGGAGGUGUUCAUUUAACAAAAGACCCUAAUGUUGUGGGACAGCUGGCUAAACAGAUGAUUGGGUACAAUCUAGCGACAAAACAAACUCCAAAAGAAGGUGUGAAAGUUAACAAGGUGAUGGUUGCUGAAGCUUUGGAUAUUUCCAGAGAAACCUACCUGGCAAUUCUGAUGGACCGGUCCUGCAAUGGCCCCGUGCUGGUGGGCAGCCCCCAGGGGGGCGUUGACAUUGAAGAGGUGGCUGCUUCAAACCCAGAGCUCAUUUUUAAGGAGCAAAUUGACAUUUUUGAAGGAAUCAAGGACAGCCAAGCUCAGCGGAUGGCAGAAAAUCUAGGCUUCGUUGGGCCUUUGAAAAGCCAGGCUGCAGAUCAAAUUACGAAGCUGUAUAAUCUCUUCCUGAAAAUUGAUGCUACUCAGGUGGAAGUGAAUCCCUUUGGUGAAACUCCAGAAGGACAAGUUGUCUGUUUUGAUGCCAAGAUAAACUUUGAUGACAACGCAGAAUUCCGACAAAAAGACAUAUUUGCUAUGGACGACAAAUCAGAGAAUGAGCCCAUUGAAAAUGAAGCUGCCAAAUAUGAUCUAAAAUACAUAGGACUGGAUGGGAACAUUGCCUGCUUUGUGAAUGGUGCUGGGCUCGCCAUGGCUACUUGUGAUAUCAUUUUCCUUAAUGGUGGGAAGCCAGCCAACUUCUUGGAUCUUGGAGGUGGUGUAAAGGAAGCUCAAGUAUAUCAAGCAUUCAAAUUGCUCACAGCUGAUCCUAAGGUAACCUUUCUCUUUGUAGGGAGAUCAUAUGCCAGUUUUAAUUUCUCACCGUCAAGAGCUCACUUGUUCUUCCUGGUGAGAGUUGAUAAGUCAAUAUGUGUACUCUGCAGCCCCAGAUGCAACUUCUUUUUUUUUUUGAGACGGAGUCUUACUCUGUUGCCCAGGCUGGAGUACAGUGGCGCUAUCUUGGCUCACUGCAACCUCCAUCUCCUGGGUUCAAGCGAUUCUCCUUCCUCAGCCUCUUGAGUAGCUGGGAUUACAGUCACACGCCACUACGCCCAGCUAAUUUUUGUAUUUUUAGUAGAGACAGGGUUUCUCCAUGUUGGCCAGGCUGGUCUCAAACUGCCUACCUCGUGAUCUGCCCGCCUCAGCCUCCAAAAGUGCUGAAAUUACAGGCAUGAGCCACUGCGCCCAGCCCGCAACUUCUCUUAUCUCACAUUGGAAUAUGUGAUGAUUUAACUCUCGUUUUGGGUAAAAGGCUUAUAAAUACUCCUGGGAUCUUAUUUCAGAGGUUGUGUGUACAGUCCUGAGAGGUGGAAGGAAAUAAAAAAGAUACAGUGUGCCAGUCGAAACAUUGGUUGGCAUGAACUUUAUUUGUGUAAUUUACACAGAAGCGACUGGUCCUAUGCUUACAUGAUUUAGAGGGAAGAGUACUAUGAUUCCUUCCAUAAAGAUGCUGAAGGUAUUACCAAAUAUUGGAAAAUUUUAGGGUUAUAGGAUCAAAAAUCACUGGGAAAUAAUGGCCCCACCUUCUUUUGUAUGCUUUCUAAUUUUUAUCUCUGACCAUUAGUUUGUAACAUACGUACUAAGUAGCAAAUAACUGUUACCUGGUUUCAUAGUUUCUAUUGCUGCUUCAUGUGCAUCUUUUUAACUUGAGGGUAGCUAACUAGAAUGUAGCUACCACAUCCAUGCUAGGGGCAGUGUGGGCAUUCAAUUAAUAUUUAAUCAGCUAGUUUAGUAACCAAGUUAAAUAUCAGUAUGCUUUGUUUCACCUGUAGAUACUCAAUUGACUAUAACAUGGUUUAGGUAGAUGCUUGUUACAUAGAAAGACCAAAAUAUUUUGAAAGUCUAAUGUACAUGGUUUUCAUUUCAUUCUUUUAACAGGCCUGUGAAGUACAUAUAUGCCACAACAAUUUGAUAUAAAACUUUUUCUUUAAUUUUUUGAUUAUUUUUUUUUUUAGAGACAGGGUCUCGUUCUGUCACCCAGACCGGAGUGCUGUGGCGUGAUCAUAGUUCACUAUAGCCUCCAUCUCCUGGGCCCAAGCUAUCCUCCCCGCACAGCCUCUUGAGUAGCUAGGACUACAGGUGCAUGGCCAAUUUUUUUUUAUUUUUUGUCUUGCUGUGUUGCUCAGGUUGGUCUCAAACUCCUGACCUCAAGUGAUCCUCCUACCUCAGGCCCUCAGAUCUCUGAGAUUACAGGCGUGAGCCAUCACAGUUGGCCUAAACUUUAUUUGAGAAUCAUUGUCUCAAUAUUGUUAGAGUAUCUAAUACAUUGAGUUGGUUACUAAAAUAUCUGAAGAUGUGGGAAAUCUGAUUCGUUACUAAGAGAAUCAUAAAUGAAAAUAAUACCAGAUUUUUUAAAAAAGAAAUGUGGUCUGAACUAAAUAUGGAAGCUUCCCAUUAAUAAAUAUACUGGCAAUAGCCUGUUUUGUUUUGCAUGCAUAAAAUUUUGUCUUAUAUCGGUAGUACACUUGUCUGUUUUCCUCAUAACUUAAAUAGUUGGUGGCCUUAUGUUUUUGCUUGUCUUUUCUUCUGACUCACAAAACAGACGGCAAGGUAUUAUUAGCACUUAUCUUCAAUUCUCCAGUGCCGUUCAGGAAUAGCAAAGUUAUUGAAGUUCAAAGGCAGCCAGCCAUGAGGAAGGUAUUUGCGAAAAGAACAAUGUUUCCACUUACAUAAGCACUUUGUUUUCAUUGGUUAGGUAGAAACACCUAUCAGUGGCUCUCUAAUCAUGUAUUAAUUCGCUACUUAUUCUUUCUUCCUACUGCUUUCUAAGGGAAGAAUCAUUUUCCUCCCAGAGAUUCCCAAACCAAUUGAAAUCUGUAAAUACCGAGACACACAGCUCCUUAAGCUGCUUGAACCACAAAGUACCCAGAGGACAGACGAUUGUAAUAAAAUACUGAACUUUUAGCAUCUACUGAAACUGUGUGCAAAGGAUAAUAGAGAGCCAUUGAGAGAUGAAAUCUACCAGGACAAUCAUUGGAUUUCGUUGAAAUAGCUUUUCUUAGUGGCUCACCUCAAAUUUUAAUUUUGUAAAACCUAUAGGAUGGGGAGGGAGAGUGGAAAAAUUACUGUCAGAGCCAGUUUUCUUUAAAAAAAAAAAACACUCUCUUCCAAAAUUUUGACUUUAUGGAAUAUUUUCAAAUGCUUGGAUUAUUUCAACUUUUUUUGAGAUUAACUGUCAUCUUGGGUAGAUAAAGGUAUGUGGGAGUUAUUUUAUUUUUCUCAUGCUAUAUCAGGAAAAUGAAUGCACAGCUCAUCUCACAGUACUUUUUCCAAAUCUUGAAAUUUCAAAACCAGUUAAAAAACAUAGAAAUGUAAUGAGUAUUUUCAAUCCUGGCUUCGUUUCACAAAAUUUAGAGAACAGAACCAAAAAAAUAGUAUAGAUGAGUUGAUGUGAUUUUGCAAGGAAACUGGCUGUAGUUUUGGCAGUAAUUAUUUCGUGUCCACCUGCCCAAAAGUAGAGGUUCCUGAGAGCCCAAAGCUAAUUAUUUCAAAGGUAUCAAUUGUCUUGUUAGAUAUAAGGAUUAGUUAGUUGAAUACACAGAAAGUCAAAAUUACAAAACACCAGUUUUUGUUAAACUUUUAUCAACUGAUAUUUACAACUGCUUAUUUGCAGUGUGUCUAAGAUAAUUCUGUUUAGUAAACAUGUCAUUCAAUAAAAAUAUUACAGGUUGACAUAUAUUUCCACUCAUGAUGUCAGUCAUAGAGCUGAAAAUUUUAGUUAUUUUGCUUGACUGUUAACCCAAAUGCUGAUUUUCACUUGGAACUAACACAAGUAUCUCUACAACUAAUGUGUUUCUUAUUAUCGUAUAUAUGAAAUGAAGUUCCUCUACCAAGCUGAAUAAAACAAGAGUCUUUUCAAGAUAAACUUACUUACUGAACUGAAUUCAUAUGAAGUGUAUCAUUAAAUAUUUUAUAAUUCUCUUAUUUUCCAGCUGAGCUUGAGAUGAGAGAAAAGUAAUAGAGUUUGUUCUGCUGGUGGUCUUCAUCAUUUUGAUUUAAAGAAUUCUAAGCAUUAGUAUUCUUUAAAUCAUAAAGAGCAAAAAUGAUAUAAAAUAGGAAAUAGAAGUAGGGUUUUGUGGUUUUCUGUUAAGAAUUUAAAGACAUUUAAAAGAAAAGCACUAUAUAGAAUGUUAACCUUGAGUUUUUGUUUUCCAAAUUAUACUCUGGUUUCUAUUUUAAUUCUGAACUUAGAAUUCCAAAGGUGUAGCAAAUGUAACAUCUGGAAUAUGUUGCAUUCACUUACGCAAAACACCUAGUGUUCACUUACACGAAACAUCUUGUGAAGUGAAUACAAGGAAAGGACACUUGGCACAAAUCUCUCCAAUGACCCCAACUCUGUUGGCCAAAGAUAAGGAAAUCUUUUGCUCUCUGGAGGCCUAGUUUUGAAAAGCAAAAGUACAUGAUUGGCAUUAGUAAAGGCACUUCAUUGGAUUUGAUUGUACUUCCUGGUUUAGAUCCAACUUUGAAUCAUAUUGUGAAAGCCCUUGAAAUAUCUAUGAGGAAAUGUGCUCCCUAAGCACCAAAGACAAGUUGAAGAAUGGAAGGGACUCUUAGUGGGAUUCUUAUGCCAGACUGCCUGGGUUCCAGUCUUGUCUUUACCAGUUACUGCUUGUGGGACCUUGGGCGUGCUAUUUAACUUCUGUGUGCCUUGGUAUCCUCAUUUAUAAAGUGGUAAUAAUAGCAGUACUUACCUCAGAGGGUUGUUUUAUUACACAAAUUGAGACACACGCACACUUUUCAUUUAGAGGGAAAAUAAUUUCAUAUGACAGUAUCAUUUAAAAAAUUUAAAAAACUUUUAUUAAAGUAUAAUCUACAUACAGAACAGUAUACAAAUUUUAAGUAUACAGCUUGAUGAAUUAUUACAAAGUGAACAUAUCGUCUAACCUCCAGCCAGAUCAAGAAAUAGAACAUGGCUGGGCGCGGUGGCUCACGCCUGUAAUCCCAGCACUUUGGGAGGCCGAAGUGGGCAGAAGGUCGGGAUUUCGAGAGCAGCCUGGCCAAAAUGGUGAAACCCUGUCUC